AUGCUGGAAAGCCUAACGGAGUCCACGGAAAGAGCAGUUGCUGCCUCAUGGGACUCGACCGGGCCCAUAGAGGCGCUGGGAGGCCGGAUCACCAUCUCGAUUGAGGAGAUGGGCAAGUCCGUGACGCAAAACCUGUGCCGAGCCCUCGCAGAAAUCAUGAGGGAGGUACUUGUCGGCGUCCUGAAGAGCAAGGAGUCGGUGCCAGAAGCUCUGCCGACGGAGGCGAAGGGAGUGAGCGGGGCUAAAGUGGCGGACGUCGUAGGGGAGGUCGCGGCGCAGGCUGGGCCAACAAGCGGCGCGGCAGGAGGCUUGAGCGGGGGCUCGAACGGGGCCUCGGCAGCGGCAGUGGCUGGGCCAUCGGGGGCGGCAACCGGUAGAGUGGUCGUGGCGAAGGGGAGCGCGGCAGGCGACUGGGCCGGGGCGGCGGUCACUAACCCGUCAGGGCCGGCGAUGCAAAAGGAGGGCCGGGCCUUUGGGUCGAGUGCGGUCGGGGGAACGGGCAACGACGGAGAGGAGCGGGCCGCGCCAGCCUUCUGUGGGCCGGGUAUGCUGCCUGUUCCAAUGGCCCAGGAGAUCGAUGAGGCCCGCGGGAAGAAGAAGGUGGUCGAGUUUGAAGAGUUGGGCCCGGAAGAUCAUGAGCUGAGCUUCGCGGACCAAGAAGAUUGGUGGAUGGACCUUGGGCCCAAUGGGCCUGACCAGAACUAG